ACACUCAUAGAUGUGGGACGGGGAAAAGAUGGCGGCGGCCUUGGUACAAAUGUCAUGUUUGUACCGUGGGAUGUUGGCGGUCAGGGCCACUGGCAUCCGACCGCUGAUUCCAGGACUCGUGCAAUCUCAUUUCAGGGCGUUUUCGAUGAAGAAAGAACCGGAGCUGGAGGAAAAUCCGUAUUAUGGUAAAUAUGAAGAAAAGAUCCGGAAACUGCGGAGUUCAAAACCUCAAGAAUAUGAAGUCCGGCUGGAGAAGCGCAGUGAGGUGAAGACGGAGCCGCUCGGACGGUCCAGACAAGCAGAAUUCGUGCAGUACAUGGAGAAAGAGCUGGACAAACGUGGUAAAGCAGGAGCUGGGGGCUUCACCAAAGAUAAGACAUUAGGGUCUAUUCUCAACCUUGAUAUGGUUCAGGAGAAAUCUGGAUCUGAAAUUGUAGAGCUGUGGAUGCAGUACUUCUCAAAGAAAGACACAAUCAGUGCUGUCAUACCAGGCUCAACAUUUGACAUAAUUUUUGGUCGUGCCAAAUCUUGCCCAAUGUUUCUGUACGCUCUGCCCCAGAAGGAGGGCUAUGAGUUUUUUGUCGGCCAGUGGGCAGGUCAUGAACUGCACUUCACAUCUUUAAUCAAUGUUCAGACAAUGGGAGAAAACGCACCCAGCCAGCUUAUUUUAUACCACUAUACAGACCUGCAGAAGGACAAAGGCAUCGUGCUGAUGACUGCUGAGAUAGAUAGUAAAUUUGUGACUGUCCACCAGGCACAGUGCUUGGCCAAUCAGGUGCAGCUCUUUUAUGGAUCGCAGCGGCUUGAGACUUUCCGAUUGGUCGAGACCUUCAACCACCAACCGGCAGAGUUUAAACACAUGUCUGUGAUAGCAGAACUCGAACAAAGUGAUAUUGGACCAGCAGUCACUACAAAGUAAUCCAAAGGCAAUAAAUAUGGUGUUGCCUAAUGUGUACUGUCGCUUUGGAAAAGCAGCGCUCUGUAACUUUGUAUGGAGGCCUGUGAGAGUCUCUGCAGCCAGAUGAGAAGAUAAUGUGUUGCCUUUCAAUAGAUAUGUGUUAAAUAAUCUCAAAAUAGAUAUCAUAUCACAUAUGAAAACAGAUACAUUCAUUAGAUUAGCAGAUUCAGUUCUCAUUUGACUCCCAGUAAAUGUACUCAUUAGCAUUUGGCACGAAAUGCAGUACUAGUGUGAUUGUAUGAUAAUUUUGUGCUUUGAAAUGGAAAAAGGAAGCUUUUUAUUUGGAUAGAAAUGCCAUAGAUAUGUUUCCCACAAAAUAAGUCGUCCACUUCAUGCAAAAAUUCUGCACUUAAUUCUUCCUUAUGUAUAGUAUUACUUCAAAUUAUCGAACUUCGAUAACAAUUAAGUUGUUCAAGCCUGUUUACUAAAAAAUACAGGCGUCUUUCCUCAUUCUUUAUUGAGAUAAACACACCUGUAGCCUGGUGAGUGAGAUCCAUAAAUAGACUUAUCUGAAAUACCCUGAGGACCCAAUGUUCUUGUAUGUCCUUUGGGGUGCUAUUCAUAAUAAAGCCUCACAUUUUGGUGUGGUAUUUAUGUACCUAGUUCUGUAUUUUGUAUUAAAAUUGGAAAACAAAAUAUAAAAGUGACAUGCAAAUAAUGCUUGAGAAUU